AUGAGUACCGAACGGACGAUCAUAGAGGAGGACGGAUUCGGGGUGAUUCCCAUCAUCACCGAUGAUAAUAGGAACUUUGAAAUUGUUAAGAGAUAUACCUUGACUAAUAAGACGAAAGCAUCGGUGACGCUGAUCACGUGGGGCGCCGGGAUUCAGGCGAUUCGAGUGCCCAAUAAUAGGGGAAUUCUUGGUGAUGUUGUGCUGGGGUUCGAUGACAUUGAUGGAUACUGGAAAAAUCGCCAUAUAGGGAGGACCCUGGGUCGCGUAACGAGACGACUAUCCUCCGAUAUUCAAUCCAGUCCUCAGGUCCGGGGUUUUAAUCAUGAAUCCACUGGCUUCGACAACGUCAACUGGGACGGCUACAUCCUCGGAAAACAAGUGGUGAUGUCAUACGUGAGUAGAAAUCACAAACUCCACCCGGGUGAUCUGCUGACCCAGGUUAAAUACAGCUGGAGUGAUGACAACGAGCUUCUCGUUGACUUCAGUGCGACCUCCACUAGACCAACACCGGUGGACAUUACCUCCUUCUGUCUGUUCAAUCUCGCCGGGCAUGGUAUGGGCCCCGAAGAGCUGAACAAACAUGUCGUCUCCAUCAAUGCCGACAAAUGGCUGCAUUCUGAUGUGAGAACGAAAUUACCCAGUGGAGCCAUUCGCUCUGUUCGCAAGACGAGAUUUGAUCUCCGAAAUCCUACAGAGCUGAAUGUGAAGAGGUUGGAGCGUAUUCCAGGAGGCGGAUACGAUCAUUUUUUCUGCGUCAAUGCUCCGAGUAUUUUGUGCUACAGAUUCCACGCCAGAAUUCUGCAUCCGGAGUCUGGUAGAUCACUAGAGGUGAAUUCAAAUCAAGCAGGCCUUCAUUUCUACACAGCAAAUGAUUUCCCCUACCCCAGAGAAGAUUUACAUUUUUGGGACAGGGGUGAGAGUCCCUGCAGAAAAGUCAAGAACCCCAAUUCCCGAGUAGAUGCAGGGGGAAUCCCCGCCAAGGGUGGCGUUGUGUACAAAAGACACGCCGGCUUCUCCAUUUCCCCGCGAAAUUAUCCAGACUCGGUAAAUUUCAGUCACUUCCCAUCAAACAUUCUCUCCGCUGGAUGUGAAUAUCAUCACACGAUGGCGCUAAAAUUUGGGGUGAAAUAA